AUGAACUGCCUUAUUUGUACAGUUCUGACCCUCCGGAGGACAACAUCGACUACAGUUACGAUGGUAAUUUCGGAUUAUCUCGUCGGUUUUUCUUGUAGGAAAAUUGCGGAACAAAGUUUUUUCAAAUUAAAUUUUCAUUUGCAGACUACGAUAUAGCUCCUGUAAGCCAUCCUACAACGACGCAUGUUCCUUUCUACGGUGAGACGACCAAUAAAUCAACUUAUACAUGGAAGGAGCCUAUAAAUAAUAGAAUGUGA